GCCUAGGGUUUCCGCAGCUCCUUCGUCUCAGCAGAGGAACCGAAGCGCAGAGAGAGCUCCACUUCCUUCGCCGCCACCAUGGGUCGUAUGCACAGCCGCGGUAAGGGUAUCUCAGCCUCAGCUUUGCCCUACAAAAGAACUCCACCUAGUUGGCUCAAGAUCUCUUCUCAGGAUGUUGAGGAAAACAUUUGCAAGUUUGCGAAGAAAGGUCUGACGCCGUCGCAGAUCGGUGUGAUUCUUCGUGACUCGCAUGGUAUUGCUCAAGUGAGGAGUAUCAACGGAAGCAAGAUCCUUCGCAUUCUCAAAGCUCACGGCCUUGCACCUGAAAUUCCGGAGGAUCUGUACCAUCUUAUCAAGAAGGCAGUGUCUAUCCGGAAGCAUCUUGAGAGGAACAGGAAGGAUAAGGAUUCGAAGUUCAGGUUGAUUCUGGUUGAGAGCAGGAUUCACAGGCUUGCUCGCUACUACAAAAAAACAAAGAAGCUUCCUCCUGUCUGGAAAUACGAGUCAACCACUGCUAGCACCCUUGUUGCUUAAAUUAUGUAGCAGCAUAUUUUUAGAUAUUUUUGAGGAACGUGCAAGAUAGUCUUCCUAUUUUGGAAUAGAUUUGUCCAGGCGUGUGAUCUAGUUCGUAACUAUCAGAAGAUUUUGGUAUCCUUCUUUAAUAGGAGGAAAAGAUGGAACAAAGUUUUUUGUAUUUUGGAUCUUGAGGUUUCUAUAUUUGUGUUUUCAUAGUCCCCUUAAACUGCUGUGGUGUAGUCUUUUUGAUUCGUAUCUUUUGAUUUAGAUUUAUCAUUGUUUUUUUAUAA